CAAGGUUAAGGGCCUUUGCUACCUCUUGCCCCGCCACAAGCUCGUGAGGAUGAUCGCGGGGGCGGGAGUCGGUAUCGCCGGGGGUGGUGCGGCCAUGCUGCGCACCCGGCGUAGGGACAUCAGUAUCAAGCCAAAUCGCAAACUCGACAGGAAGUCGUCGCGGGGCAUGCUGUACGAAAACGAGGAGCUGCGCCUUCGAACCAUAAACAUCAACGCCGAAGUCGAGCAAGGCCAGAAUGACAUCAAGAAGCUGCGUCGCGAAAACGAACAGCUCAGGAGAGAAAUAUGGAGUCUGCGGGACGAAUACGACAAACUCGAGGAGAUCUUGAAGAAGCAAAAGAACCGAGAGGAGAGCGACGAUACCGAGGAUCGUUCAGAGGAUGAAACUAAUGCUACGGAGUUUUGGGAUGACGAUGAUGACGAUGAUGAAGACAAUGACGACAAUGACGACAAUGACGACAAUGACGACAAUGACGACAAUGAGAACAAUGAUAACGACGACAACAAGGAAGAGGAUCCUGAUAAAGAAAACAAUGCCAACGACCUGGAAUCCAAUUCGGAUGACAAUACACGGCGGAAUUGUAAUCAGGAGGAACGCCUGGAGAACGCCGAAAACCAGAAGAUUUCAUUCGAAAAGAUAAACAAUGGUGGCGGCAAUGCGCAGCAUCGGCAGCGAAUAAACUUUGACGACCUGUCGGUAGUGGACGAGGAAGAGGAGCCCAAAAAGAAUAAAGACAGGAGGGAGGUGGUAUCGAGCGCGCAGACGACCCGGCAACUGACUAGCGCGCAAACCAACCAAUUCCCCUACCUUCCCAGCACCUUUGACGGCAAGUGCCUUUUAAUGACAAACCGCCCGUCGUGUCAGCAGCCGCAGAUCAUUUCGCUAGAUCCUCGGGCUACAUCGAGUCACAGAAAUCCCAGCCACGCCGCUCUCGCGCACACACAACCCGACGACGAGCCCACCUCCCGCUGGAUGGCAAGGGAAUGCAUCGAAUCUAAUGCAAGCUACGGGGACUCCCAUGAGCACGUCGACAUUUCCAUUUGUCGCCGAGACAGAGACGCUGACCUUGGACUUUCGCACCGCCUCGGCAAAGGAACCCUCGGCGGUGGCGGCGGCGGCGGUCAGUCGAUCAAUCUUGGCGUUUCGAAGCCUAAUCCAAUGACGUCGGCCAUGUCGGCCAACUUGGCGGAGAGGAGGAAGGCCUUCUUUAAGCAACAGCCGGAGCCGAGACCGAGCUACGGGACUCGGAUAUUUGGUAAUGGCGAGUCGCGGCCACUAGGUUGGCCCGUGGAGAGCAGCGUGCACGAGAAUAAGCGAAUAAUCGAGAGUUCGGAUAUUCCAAUGGCUGAUGCGCCCACGAGUCUGCUGGAGGAGACGCCGAGGCAUUUCUUCGCCCCGCUCGUAUCGAGAUCGAGAUUCCCGUGCGUCGGGGCGCCGGUCGCUAAAUGCCUAGAGGAGGAUGGACAGUCGAAUAACGGGAAUAGCUCGAGCAGCGAAAAAACAACGUCGAACGUCGUGUCAGGAUGUCGAGCCAGUUAUGAGAAAGGCUCGGCCGACAUUUGCGUGAACGGGGCCAUAUCGUAUAAUGGCGGCGAUCGGAUCGAGAAGGGGGAUGCCAAGGCUUUCUUUAGCUCGGAAAAUCUAUUUGUCGUCGAGGAUACGGCUAAGAACGGAUCGAGCGAUAUCUCCGGCAAUCCGUUAUCGAAAUCCAUAUCGUGUCAGGAUCUGAGUGGGCGCGUGCCGUUUAACGAGCGCCUCAAGUAUUCGAGGGACGAUGGCAAUCAUGCGAAAAGUGACGUUACUCUCGACAAUAUGACAUCGAGCUCCAAAGCAUUUCGUAGUCAGCUAAACGUCACGCUGAGAGCAUUUCAAUCGCCAAGCCCAGAUGUUCCAGAAAUACCAAAGCUGCCAUCUAUAGACUAUAAGUUAUUUAAUAAUCCAUUGCUGCAAAAUUUCGAGCAAGCUUAUCAAAAUUUUCCCGUUCGCAGCGAGGGCCAGAGUCCCUUGGCGCAUCCUCUGUCCAUUCAAGUUAGCGAGAGCCCAGUCACCGGGACAAAGUACUCAAGUCCCGUGAGGGUGCAGCCAAGUUUCACGGGCCCCGGCACAUCCGACUCCGACUGUGGCACGUGCAAACGCAAGAACAUCGAGCGCCUACGGCUAAUGAUCCCGCCGGCAAAACUCGUGGACCGUAAAGGGGACAGGCCGGAGUAUCACAUAACGUCGUUCGAGACACCAAGUCCACGUACCGUACAAAUACCGCCGAUGACUGCCUUGGAGGUCGAGGAGGGGCUGCGUCGACUGCCGGCGCGCGCGACUCCCGCUCAGCAGAAUUCGAGACUUUAUCAGAACGUGCCGUUCGUGCCACGAGGAGCGGCCGUCUAUUGUCCGGGACAGGGCAUGAGGAUGUAUUAUGACACGGGGUCGAUGAAGGUUCCAGCCCAGACUCAAACUUCACCACCGGAGGACGAAGCAGCGGCUAGGACCGGUGAGGGCGAGGAAAAGCCGACGCCAAUGGUCGAGGAGAAUGCGCAGCUGAGGCACGAUCAGACCCCGAAGAAGCGGCGCUCGCGCAAAGAAAAGUCCGGCUCGGUUAAAGAGAAACGGAAAUCUCAGGGCUCCCAGAAACGCAAGGAUCAGCCGACGAAGCAAGCGAGCCUCGCUUCCGAAUCAUCGGGGAAGCUCGUAGCGAGCGGUCGCGUCACUGACUCGCACGAUGAUAAAAACGAGAGUAGAUCGUCAUCGUCUGGGCAAGAGUCGCCCAAGAAGGAGCAGCAGACCAAGAGGGUGUCCUUAUACUUUAGUACCAAGAAGCGCCCGUCACUGAACUCGGUUAGGACCUCGAGAAGUCGAAGCGUCGAGAACACGAAGGAAAGGAUGGUCACGAGAGAUGAUAUUCUAGAAGGUAACGCGACGAAUUUCGAAAGAGAAAGAACAAAUUCAAUAAGCAGCCGAGAAAUGGGCGUAAGAGAAAAGAUACGAAAAGCGAGCACCAGUAGUGGCAAUGUACCAUGGUGUGCGUGUUGGGGAAACGGAUGUAUUUAAUAUUUGUAUACGCUACUUGCUCGAUUCAUUGUAACGCAGUGUUGAUUAAAAAAAAUAAAUAAAUA